AUGAAGAUCCCUCGGAUUUACCAGUGGCUUUUGCCCUUAUUUGUAAUCUUAUUAGCAUUUUCUGCGUCGUCAGCAUCCACAGAAGACGAAGACGAGCAAUUGCUUCGAGAAACCAUUGCGGCAGGACGAGGUCACCGCGAUGAACAGGGCGUCCGAGACCAGUGGGCUUCUAGCGAACAUCUCAAGGAUAAAUUCGAUUCGCGACGAAAACCCGUUUCACCCAGAGUGAGAGCUUUAUUAGAGUCAUACCGCUUGGAGUGCAAAGGUUGCGAUGAAAGCGAAGCUGUGGCAAAAAUCAACGCAUUUGUCAAGGAGACCAAGCAGCAAGUGGAAGAUCAAGCAAAGCGUCAGAGGUGGUUAGAACGAGCUGCAAUGUUGGUAACUGUAGUGGUCCUCGGGGGUCUUGCUUAUCAGUAUUCGAUUGGAGCUUUUGAUGCAGGCGGUGGAAGCUCGGGAUACAGCAUUGGAGGUCGCCCCAGUGAUUGGAUGGGCCAAGCACGACGUCUGCAAAUCGAAGAACAACGCCAACGAGCUGCCAAAAAAGAAGAGGAAGCUGCUAAGAUACUUGCGGCGGCCCAAGCCAAAGAGGCACCAACAUGGCGUGAAAAUGAAGAAAAGGAGGUGUGGACCGCAAAACAAGAAAGGCAAUUUGCCAAGGCUCUGGUGUCCUUUGGUGGUGUGCCCCCCAAAGGUCGAUACACUCUGAUUGCCAAUAAGGUAGACGACAAGAGUCGACAAGAAUGCCUGAUGCACCACAAAUUGUUGCAAUUGAUUGCCAAAGAGCAAUAA